GGUGCAGUGUCUCCUAUUCUCAAUUUCAAAUCUUCUACCGAGAAGAAGAUCCCUAAUCACCGACUCCAAAGGAUAUAACUCGUCGCGCAUCCAUGGGAGAGGAGCGUAUUCCGAGUAGGGACCGUCGUCGACGCGGCGGCCUGAGGGCAUUGAUAGAGCCGCGGUGCUUGUCUCCGUUUGCUCGAAGCGAUGGCGGUUCAGGCGCCCGAUGGAGAUCGGUGUACCUGAAACUUCCUCCCCAGCGCCUCAUCAAACUCUCCGUAGUCAAGCUCGACGGUUCCUUCUUCGAUGUUCACAUUGCAAAGGAUUGCACAGUGGAAGAGUUGAAGCGAGCCGUGGAGGAGGUCUUCACCAUGUCUCCCCGGCAAGGUCAAGACAUGAUUUCAUGGUCGCAUGUAUGGGGACACUUUUGCUUGUGUUAUCAAGGACAGAAACUAAUCACUGACAAAGCAAGCAUCCGGAAUUUAGGGAUCAAUGACGGUGAUCAGCUGCAUUUUGUAAGGCAUUUGUCAAUCGAUCGCUCUCCUCUUCACAGAAGAUCCAAGAGCCACGGUUGCAAGAAUCACCUCGAGUCGCAAACCAACCAAAACAAGGGAGAGGAUGUACCCGAGAGCAGUUAUCCAGGAGCUCAAGAUGAACUACCGGCAAGUGAAUUCAGAAUAGCUCACUUGUUUAAAGGAUGGAUUCCGAAUUCUGGACUGUGGCCGGAGAGAUGGAGUCGUCCUUCCAUGUUUUCUUUAAAGCGUUUUGGAGGGAGACCCAAGAUGAUACAGUUCUAGUCUUAUGAAGCGUAAGUCCUAACCUCUUCUUAUAUUAGCUUGGUUUCAGCAUUCAUUUCGACCGGUUUUCUUCCUGUUCCUUCGCUCGACCCGACAGUCCAUGCAUAAUGUUUUUUUCCCCUACAUGGGUCAUUUACAUUUUCAAUGAUCGGCACUGGAAUAUAAUCUUCUUAAACUGUGUGCACUCGUUAGGAAUUUAUGCAAACAAUAUGGGGUAUUAAUAACACCAUCUUUAACA